UCAGAGAAAUAACGGAUCCUUUAUUUUCCGUGUUCCUCUCCAGCAUGGGCUCCUCAGUCGCCUUCCUCUUCCUCAGCCUCCUCCUGGGCUCUGCAGACUCACUGCCUCCUCCUCAGAUCUCCUUCCUCCUCAACUCAUCAGACAGACCUCUGAUUCACUUCCAGCCAGAUGUUAGCAACACAACCACGCUGUUGCUUAGCAACGACAGCUCCACCCUUUAUGUUGGAGCUCGAGAUGCCAUCCUCUCAUUGGACGUCAGCCAGAGUGAUGUGAUCAGUCUGAAGAAGAAGGUGAUGUGGAGUCCGUCUGAGCAGGACAGAGCCAACUGUGCAAGCAAAGGGAAGAAUCCAGCGGUCGACUGUCCAAACUUCGUCCAUGUUGUUCAAGCACUAAACUCCACCCAUCUGUAUGCCUGCGGCAGCUACGCCUACAGCCCCCACCAAGUUGUCAUUGACAUUGAACGCCUGUCUGUGGUCCAUCAGGAUGGAGCUAAAGGUCGCUGUCCAUACAACCCCUUUGAACGCAGCUCUGUAGUCAUCAUUGAUGAGGAGCUCUUCUCAGCCACAACCACUGACUUUAAGGGACACGAACCACAAAUUUCUCGAUUCCUCACCAAAGAUGGACGUCCAGACGUCAGCCUGGACUCCAUCAAGUUACUUGAUGAGCCAACCUUUGUGAGCUCCUCGUUGGACCCAGCAGGGCAGAAACUCUACUUCUUCUUUACUGAAGGCGGGAAGGAGUUCAGCUUUGUCAACGAGCUUCAAAUCCCCCGAGUGGCUCAAGUGUGCAAGGAUGAUGUUGGAGGGCUGAGGAUUUUGCAGAAGAAGUGGACAUCUUUUGCCAAAGCUCCUCUGCUCUGCAUGUCUUCCAAAGAGCUUCCAUUUAACAUCCUGGAGGAUAUGUUCACCCUACGGCCACCAGAGGGCGCUAACAACCCAGAAACACUGUUUUAUGGUAUCUUCACCUCUCAGUGGUCCAGACAGGCAGAGUCUGCAGUGUGCACGUUUAGGCUGCAGGACAUCCAAAAUGUGUUUGCUGGGAGCUUUAAGACCCUGGAGAAAGAAAGAUAUCAACAGAAGCAUUCACAGGGACGUAAUUACCUGGGAAAGUGUGGCCUCUCAAACUCCUCAGAUUCGGAGCUUUUAAGGGUGAAAACUAAUUACCUGACGAGCCAGAGCGUAACACCGGGCAAACAGAUCGUUUCUUUGGAACAGAAAUACAGUCGUCUGGUCGUGAUGAGGACACAGGCGGCCAACGGCAAACACUAUGAUAUCCUGUUCCUUCUUACAGAGUCUGGACUCCUCCACAAGGUAGUUUCUUUGGAUGAAGGUCCUCGAGUCAUUGAGGAGAUCCAAGUCUUCAAACAACCUCAGCUGGUGAAAAGCAUGAUCCUCUCCACUUCCAAGGGAGUUCUGUAUGUGGGAUCAUCUGAAGGUGUGACGGCGGUACCAGUGGCCCGCUGUUUGAUCUACAGAAGCUGCAGCCAGUGCAUCCUGGCCAGAGAUCCUCUAUGUGGUUGGAGUCCGACCGGGAGAACCUGCACAGGUCUGGAUGGCAGCAACGAAGACUUAGUUCAACACCUAGAGGGCAGCAGCAUUUGGUACAAAUGUCAGCAGAUCCUGAAGGACAACGAAGUCUUUGUUCAUCUGAAUGAAGAUGUGAGGCUUCAGUGUCUGAAGCCAUCUAAGCUGGCCACCCUUCGCUGGAGCUUCUCUCCAACUGUAAAUCUGACAGAGAACCGAUUCAUCAAGGCAUCUGACGUCAGCCUCAGAUUCUUCGCCUCCACCAGAACCUUGGGGAGCUACAGCUGUGAGGCAGAGGAGGGUGGAGUCAGUGAAGAGGUUGUAAGGUACAGGGUCCAACUGGCAGCUAGUCCACGGCGUCUGUCAACGGUCAAUGAGCAGUCUGUGUCAAAGAGCCCAGAGGAACUCUUUGAGGACAUAGGAACCGAGGAACCAACUAACACCUUGAUAAAAAAUGAAGAACGUUCUCAGCCAAUAAGGAACCCUAAAGAAGAUCCAGAACAGCAUGUGACCACAGCUAAAGGUGGUACAUUCUCAAGAAAAACUCAGUCCAUUCAAGAUGUUUCUAGAUUUGUGGAAGUUUUCCCAACUUCCAGAAAAGAUAGUAAGUCCAUGCUGAAGCCAAGCGAGGAAGCUCUGGAACAGAGAAGCUACCACAGCGAGCUGGUGGUGGUUUCCCUCCUGCUGGCCAUUUGCAUCUUGGUCCUGGCUUUCGGGUUGUUCCGCAUCUGGCAAAAGAAAGCUGGCUUUGGGUCCAAUCGGCUGCUGGCGCUGGAAGAUGGAAGCAAAACAAACACGUCGGAGCAAAUUUGUGCACUGAGCACUCUGGUGCAAGCCGGUCAGGAUCAAACCAUCAUUCAGCAACAGUGAACCAUCCCCUGCCAUACAGAUGGUUCAGCUCUAGAGUCCCAUUUAUCUCCAGAGUCUGGACAUUAACCUCAUCCAACCUGAAACUUCUUCUCCGGGUCCAAAUUUUCUUUCUCUACAUUUAUGAAGGAUUUUCCAGCAGUUUUGACCUGUUUUCAUGCACCGUUAGGUCCUUUAGAUCCCGUUUCUAACGACAAAACAUCACAAAGAGCAAAACAAAUUCAAAAAUCCUUCAACGUUCAGAUUAAUUUCCAUUUAAAACAGUAAACUCAAAUCAGCAGAUAAAUACAUUAGUUAAUAAUUCAGAAAAAUGUGGAACAAAAGUCAUUUUGAAUCAAAUAAAGAUAUUUAAUGUGAAGGUCAUCAACAGAUGUUCUUCACACGUUGCUCCAGAGAACGUUUUAAUAAGAACCUAAAACUGAUAAUUAACGUUUUAAUAAGAACCUAAAACUGAUAAUUAACGUUUUAAUAAGAACCUAAAACUGAUAACUAACGUUUUAAUAAGAACCUAAA